CUGAAUUCUCACUAAAAUGGAGAGCAGUUCCUCACUUGUGAUGUUUCUCCUACUGAUGUGCUCCAUCAACAGCAGCUGUCCGUUUUCAUAUUCAGUGUUCAUGAGAAAAGACGAAGCACAUGAGGUGCUGAAAGUCCAUAAACGUGCUAACUAUUUUCUAGAAGAGAUUCGUCCAGGGAACUUGGAGAGAGAAUGCAACGAGGAAAAGUGUUCAUUUGAGGAGGCUAAGGAGAUCUUCCAUUCUCAGGAGAAAACGAUGGAGUUUUGGUUCAAUUACAAAGGUUUAAAUCCCUGUAGUACAAAUCCCUGUAACAAUGGUGGAGUCUGCAAAGUAAGACGCUACAAUUACUUUUGCAUAUGCCCCCCAAAAUUUGGAGGAGAGAACUGUGAAAAAGAAAAGUUCGAAUGCUGGUAUAAGAACGGUGGGUGCUGGCAGUACUGCAGGGACAGCAGCAGCGCCUUUCAUGUGGUGUGUUCCUGCGCAAAGGAUUACAGCCUGCAUGAGGACGGGAAGAGAUGUGUGCAAGCAGCACCAUUUCCAUGUGGCCUGAUUAAAGCCCGGUUCCCGAGGGGACUGAGCGAGCGCAGGGAUGAUGUGGCCAGGUGGAAUGAGAGCGCAGAGGGCACAGUUAGGCAGACGGAGCUGGAGCAAAGUGCUGUUGGGGAAAAUGAGACCUUAAAAGAUGCCUUUGGACAGAGCAUGCGUGUGGAGGGCGACGCUGGACAAACUGAGGUGACAGGAGAUGCUUCCAGCUGGAACAAGACACUGGUGGACUCUGUCACCCAGAAUCCACUGGGGAAUGGUGCUGCUGGCCAGGAGGCGGGUGUCCCUGAGCACGGGGCGGCGGUGGAGGGGACCAGCAGGCCUGGCAAGCCCGGGAGAGGCACAGCUCCCCCGACCCAGGGCCCUGCGUGGCAGAAUGAGAGCACAGCGCCUGCUGCCAGGCAGAACGAAAUGGAGGAAAAUGCUGUUGGGCAAAACCAAACAGGGGAGAGCGCUGGCCAGAACGCAACAGAGGCCAGUCAAACCGUGCAUGAUGGGCUUAAUCAGAGCAGUGACUGGGGAAAUGCUUCAGACACGCCUCAGUUUGUCCAGAUGAACAUCAGCUCUGCAUUAGCACACAAUGGCUCCAGGAUAACGGGAGGAACUUUGUGUCAUCGUGGACAUUGCCCCUGGCAGGUUUUGAUCCGGAAUAGUAAAGAUAUUGGUUUCUGCGGAGGGAGUUUAAUCAGCAGCCGCUGGGUGGUCACUGCUGCUCACUGCCUUGAUCUCGUCAGACCACACCACGUUACCAUAGGAGACUUUGACAAAUACCAAAGAGAAUUCAAAGAGCAGAAGAUCAAUGUGGAACGGAGCUGGACACAUCCACAUUAUGAUUCCAAUCACUACAACAGUGACAUCGCCUUGUUGUACUUGAGCAGUGACGUUAUUUUUAAUGAGUACGCAAUUCCCAUCUGCCUCCCAAGCCCUAACCUUGCCGCCCUGCUGUCUGAAGAAGGAAGAAUAGGGAUGGUAAGUGGAUGGGGUGCCACUCAUGAGAGAGGCUCCACUCUGCGCUUCCUCAUGAAAGUCCGGCUGCCCAUUGUAAACUUGGAAACCUGUCAGCGCUCAACAGACAGACUCAUUACUGACAACAUGUUCUGCGCAGGUUACACCACCGAAGUCGCAGAUGCCUGUAAAGGGGACAGCGGUGGCCCUUUCACAGUGUCUUACCACAACACUUGGUUUCUCUUAGGGAUUGUCAGCUGGGGUGAGGGCUGUGCUGAGAAAGGAAAAUACGGUGUAUAUACGAGAGUAUCCAACUAUGUCCCGUGGAUUAAGGAGAUUGUUGAAAGUGUAGCAGAUUCGGCAAACUUUUCCAUUAACUUUUCUUAACACCAUCUUUAAAAACAGGGACAAUUCUGUUAUUACAGAGUGUU